AUGACUUUUGGACGUCGGGAAGGCAUGAAUAUGCGGUCGUACUUCGGAUGCUCCGGUUUGGUCUUUAGCGAGAAAUGUAGAUUUGGUGCUCUAGACUUGGGAACUUGGAUCAGAGUUGCUCAGCAGAGUGAUCAGAGUUUGCUGGAUGCGACGAGAGUGACUGGUUCUGAGUAUGAGGUCUCUGCGAAUGGGACUAUCUUGGUUCGUGGGCGAGUUUGUGUGCCUAAGGAUGUGGAGUUGAGACAUCAGAUUUUGGGAGAGGCUCAUGCGAGCAAGUUUUCCAUUCAUCCGGGAGCGACCAAGAUGUACCAUGACCUCAAGAGGUACUAUCAUUGGGUCGGGAUGAAGAGGGAUGUAGCAGACUGGGUUGCGAAGUGCAACACUUGUGCCUUGGUGAAGGCAGAGCAUCAGGUUCCGGGUGGUCUUUUGCAGAGUUUACCCAUUCCAGAGUGGAAGUGGGACAGGAUUACGAUGGAUUUCGUGGUUGGACUACCUGUUUCGAGGACUUUCGAUGCUAUCUGGGUGAUUGUGGAUCGGUUGACUAAGUCGCACAUUUCUUGGCCAUCAAGAAGACAGAUGGAGCUGCUGUCUUGGCUAGGAAGUUUGUGCGAGAGAUUGUGA